ACCUCCAAAUGAGUAAAAAAUUUAACUGAUUAAAAAAGCAGACACGUUAAAGUGAAACAUGUUAACUUGACACGUUCAACUGAAACAAGUUAAAAGACAAAUGAGAAGAAACAUCCCUCCGCGCCUCGCCACUUACUUGACCGCUUCACCAAUUAACUCCUCUUAAACUAGCUCAUACGUACGCACGUAAAUUUACAACUUCGCGAAGUAUUAACCCACCCGAGAAAAAAAAAACCCUCGCAAGAUCCCGCUUCUCCAAAAUGAGGUCUUGCUACUCUCACAAAGGGGUUAGCCCGGGAAAGCACCCCCUCCGAUGCGUGGCCAGCGACAAAAUAGGAAAGGAAGACAUCCAGUCGGCCAAUAACGGACUCUACACGGACUGCACCCUUUGCGGUAUAAACCACAAGGAUCCGCACAAGCAGGCGCUCUAUCCCCUGAGGGAAGACCAGCACAGAGUCAACAACGUAGGUUAGACGGUAUGGGGAGGCGCUACAGCAUGUGGGGGAAGACAUCAUCGAGACACCUUCCAGAUUUGUCUACAUCGUCUUCCUCUUGAAAAUACCGCCUGGUUGUGCCUCCACAUCGGUCGCGAUGGACGUGCGUGUGGGGGGGGGCGGCAAACUUGGCAUGUCUUCUUCCCAGCUGGAGGGAGCCGCCUCAUUUGGGUCCCCUAUUAUGCUGCGAGGGCGAAUCGAUUAAUCGUUCCAAGCUGUUCCAAACUUCGCCAUUUUGACGCCUCCCCUCGUGGGAGAGCGGUACUUCCCAAUUUUUUCCCGCGCGUGUGUGCUUCGUCCCCAUGCGAUUUGUGUGAGAGUAGACGUGCAUGUCGCUUCAACUUUGCUUCUUCGUGUGUUUAUAUAUGCGUCCAGCGGGCUGCAAGUUGUGCUGCGUUGUGUUGUACUGUGCUGUACUGCACUGU